AUGAUGUUCGGAUCCGUUCUGGCACACAUUCCAGCUGGUCGAUGGGCCGCCUCAGCAGUCGCAGAGACAGCACCUACUACUCCACCGCCUGCGACCGCGCAAUCUUCAGAGCUCCCUCAAGAACCAAACCAAGGCGCGCCAACCGAUGGCAGCUUGGGAGCACCAUGGCGAGAAGUGAGCAAGCCGAAGACAAAAUCUUCACGACACAAAAAACAAGUCGCGCGCACCACGGUCCUUGCCAGCAGCUUUGCGCCUACCCGUUCAUUGUUCCUCGAGAUGGCAGAGAAGCUGCAAGCGAUUGGCGAACAUCGUCUGCGUAUGUCGGGCUGGUACGACCAACAAGAGGACGAGGAGUUGGAGUACUUCUAUGUCUGGGACAACCGCAGCACUGUCGCCGAUGACGGAAUUGAGGACGACGACGAGGAGGAAUUGGAAGAUUUCUCUGCCUGGGACGACCGCAGCACCGUGGCGGAUGACGGAAUUGACGAUGACGAGGAGGAGGGUGGAUGCUACUUGGGAGUGGAUGGUAUGGAUGAGAUGGAAGGCGAAGAGCGCAAAAUAUCGAACGCCAGAGCCGAUGAAGACUCCGAAAGUGAGGCUGGAAGCGACACCGAAAGCGAUGCUGAGAGCGAAUGCGUUGAAGAACCUUCCGAAGACGCCUUCACCUGGCGCCCCCUUGACUGGGGCAUGGAGUACGAAACCACUCGCGGCAUCCUGAGCGUGGCCGCAUUUGCGGACCAUUACGCCAAUCUUGUCCUGCAGACCACUUCUGAAGGUCUCUUGCUCUCCUAUGGCCAUGGUGUCCAGUCGGGGACUGCAAGCGGCAUAUGGAACCACUGCAAGAGGAUGUACUGCAGUUGGAUCCGAUCACUACAUGCCGGCUGUGACUACCGUCUGGAAUACAACCCUCUGAUGACGGCGGUGUUUGAAAUGGUCGUGGGUUGGAAUAUCCGCAUGGCUUUGGGUCCCAAGCUGAAGAAGCGAGGGUAUGAGUUUGAGGCUGCGCUGGACAUCGCAUUCCUUCAGGAGGUUGCCGCUGCGGAGAAGCAGACGGAGCUCCUCAAGCAAAUGCUGCUGCUCGGUACGGAAGAUGAGACUGAUGUUCAUUUCGAAUAG